GCUGUGCAUCAAAAGCAGUCAGCUAUGGAGCUGUUCCACUGCUGUUACAAAUGUUUUGUGAUUGGCAAAGAACAGAUCAUCAUCACAGACAGACAAACAUCAGAAAAGCUAUUCUGAAUGUGAUCAAGAAUAUCACCAUGUCAAGAAGUGGUAAGAAGGCAUUUAUCCAAGCUGAGGGUAUUAAAACCCUGUACACUUUGUCAUUGGAGACUUUGGAGUGCCGCGAACUUGAAGGGGUAAACAAUCUCAGCAGCCAGAUUCUACGAAGAUGUUUUCCAACUAACAAGCUUCCAUUGUCAACCUUAUCGUCACCACUGACAUUUGCUCUGUUAGAUUUAGACAGCGCUGGCCACUCAGCUGUAGAAGAUCUACUGGAUGAUAGUGGGGAAGGUGAGUCUACUGAUGUGGAAUCAGAGGAAGAAGAAGAUGACAGUGGUAGUGCAAGUCAAGAUGAUAAAGAAGGGCUUGAAAAUGGCAACAAGGGUAAAAAGCCUGAGAUUAAUUCCUCAAAUCAGAGCAAACAAGUCAAGACAAGAGAUGAUCUGGCUAUGUAUGAAAAGUACUUCCCAGAACUGUUUGAAUUUCAGGUUGAAGUUGCCGAGCCAAUGGAAGAUGACAUGGUAACAUCAUCAUAUCCAAUAGUAAUUCCAACAGGUUCUGAAGAGCCAUUGUCCUGCUCGCCAACCGGACCAAGCCAUCUGUCAAACCAGCUUGAUUCUAUGAAUUUUGAAAGUCCACCAACUUUGACACAAGCCACAGCUACACAAGAAGAGCUUACUCAGGAAGAGAGAUCUUCAUCCGCGAAUUUCACCGCUAAGAUUGAUAACAAUGGUACCUUUGAAAGUGUGCUGCCAAUCGUCAAGACACCAUCACCUGAUGUGUACGGCCAUUAUCCACCAUCCGAACCUGAACCACUGGGACAGAAAAAAACUGGACUACAGAGAACUAUGAUCUUUAGGGACAUUGCACGACAGAUUCAUCCACAGAGAGUGAUAAACAAAGUUGUGUUUGAUCUGGAUCAGCUUUUAAGACAACCCGGUGACCCUGGAGGAGCACCUGACAACGGGUUAUUAGCUGUGGCUAAAGAGCAACUCAAAUUAGGACAUGCACGGAAACAUAGCAACUCCAGCAUCUCUGAAGGAGAAAGAUCCACUCCUGAGGAGACGGCCAGACCGCUGAAGUUUGAAUCACGGUUUGAGAGUGGCAAUCUACGCAAGGCCAUUCAGGUGCGGGAUUAUGAGUAUGAUCUGGUUCUAAAUCCUGAUAUCAACUGUAAACACCAUCAUCAGUGGUUUUAUUUUGAGGUUAGCAAUAUGGAUGCUGAUAUUCCUUACAAAUUCAACAUCGUUAAUUGUGAGAAGAUCAAUAGUCAGUUCAACUUUGGUAUGCAACCAGUGAUGUAUUCCACAUUAGAAGCUCAGGAAGACCGCGUCGGCUGGGUUCGAGUCGGGACUAAUGUUUGUUAUUAUAGAAAUUACUUCACACGGAGCCGUGAGGUGACUGGUGGACCGACCGGCAAAACCUACUACACGUCAACUUUCACCGUGACCUUCCCUCACACAAAUGAUACAUGUUACUUCGCUUAUCACUAUCCCUACACCUUCACUAUGCUUCAGAGUCACUUAUCACGCUUGGAGUCCGGUUUUAGUACAAACGAUAUCUUUUACCGCCGCUUGACUCUGUGCAGCACUUUGGCGGGAAAUCCUUGUGACGUCAUCACCAUCACGGCACAGCCUCGGGACAGAGAUGCAAAAUCCAUUGAACUUCUGAGGAACAGGCCAUAUAUUUUCCUCACAAGCCGUGUUCAUCCCGGCGAAAGUAAUUCAAGUUGGGUCAUGAAAGGAGUUCUAGACUUUUUAAUGAGCAACUUCUACACUGCACGUCAUCUGCGGGAGACUUUCAUCUUCAAGAUUGUACCCAUGCUUAACAUUGACGGAGUUAUCAAUGGCUGCCAUCGAUGUUCUCUGUCGGGUGACGAUUUAAACAGGCGCUGGAUUAAUCCCAGCAUGCUACUUCACCCCACUAUUUAUCACGUGAAAGGAUUGCUGUUGUACUUACAGUCUAUUGAAAAGACUCCUUUGGUUUAUUGUGACUUCCAUGGUCAUUCACGCAAGAAGAACGUAUUUAUGUAUGGCUGCAGCACAGCUGCCACACUGGCUGCCAGUUCGUCUAGUUCUGGUGAAGUCGACAGUAGUGACUUGGUAGAUUCUGUCAGGGAACGUGUAGCUGAACUAUCUGGCUCCGAAUCCACCAGUAGCAUGGACCCGAGUGACAUAGAGGAAGAUCCCGGAUAUAGGACAUUACCUCGAGUUCUUCACAACAUUGCACCAGCGUUUUCGCUGGGCAGCUGUAGUUUCAUUGUGGAACCUUCCAAAGAAUCCACGGCCAGAGUUGUGGUGUGGAGAGAGAUUGGAGUGGUCAGGAGUUAUACCAUGGAGAGUACAUACAGUGGCUGUGAUCAGGGACCUUAUAAGGGUUACCACGUGGGAACAAGAGAACUGGAGGAAAUGGGCCGUUUCUUCUGUGCCGGGCUUCUCCGUGUUGGACGCUCCUACUUCUAUCAAAACAACCAGCAACAAUCGCCAUCAAACGACAACGCAGAUGUGAUGCGUAAUGCUGAUAGUUCGUGGAUAAGGACAAGUGAGCUGUUUGUUCCCUGUGAACUCGUCACAAGUGGAGUUGUCGUUUGAUUGUAAUCUAAUUCUUGAAAACACAUACUAGAAGAGCAGCAGUCAAGCGUCGGCGCGUGUGUAAACGUUGUAUUGACUGGGUGUUGUACUUUCAGGCUGUAAGAACCAAGUUGUCUCACACGAGUUACAAACAACCACAUGAGCCAGUAAGUCACGGUGUUUCACAAGCUUAGAACAUUUUUGGUAAAUCUCAAAACGGAAUGGUAAAUCAAUAAGAUACCUGUACUUGAAUUAGGUUUGUGUUCGAAAAGUCUCGAGUUUUCCUUCUGCCCACUUUUGUUUCCCUUCACAGAUUUGAACGUUUCAAUUGUCUGUCACAUAGUUUGCGAGACGCGGUUGUUUCUUAUGUUUCCCUUAAAAUUUUACGCGGGAAAUUGGCGCGCGGGCGGCCAAAAUUGUUCCCCUCGCGCAUGCCCUAGAUUUGAUGGCAGUGUUAUGCUCAAAUACCUAAGGAAUUCACGUGACGACCAAAAUCCACCGGCAAUUAUUAGUUGAACGGUGAAAUUAGAGGUAAUUUGAGCAGUGAAAGGUAAAUAUUGAACAGAUUUAACUAUGAAAUUCUAAUUUUAGCCCCGCAUAGACAGGACGAACUGUUUUAACUUAAGAGGCUGAGGAGUACCAAUGCUCAAGACAAAUUUAAGCUCGUAGACCUAUGUCCCACUGACUCGUUGUGCGACCUUGAAUGACAUCAUGGGAAAGGUUCAGGACUUGUUCCCGGGGUCGUCUCGGUCCUUAUUCUUCAUUUUAAUAUUGAAAUAAACUAAUCUAAGGAUGAAAUUAACAAAUAGA